UCGGGGCAGGGCUUGGGAUCGGCUCAAGACAAGGUCAAGAACUGUCCCAGCAGGGGUCAGGCCCGGGUCAGAGCGGGGUCAGGCCCAGGUCAGGGCCAACUCCCCCACAGGUUCUGGCAUCUGGGAUGGGCACUAGGGUGGUGAGGGUCCCCUGUGGGCUCAGUACUCUACUCUGGCCCCUGCUGUUACUGCUGCCCCUGAGCUCCAAGGCUGGCCCUGUCCCAAAGCCUGGUGUUCCCAGCCCCUCAAAGGUUCCUGGAGUAGUACCAGGGAGACCAGGGCCGCAGAAAGGAUGGGAACUGACCGCCAGCAGGCACCAGGAUUCUGUGAGUGGAGCAGAAGUGUGUGGGAAGCUGAAGGUGGUUGGAAAGGUGUUUGGUGGCCAGGAUUCAUUGGCUGGCAAGUGGCCAUGGCAGGCCAGCCUGCUGUACCGUGGCUUGCAUCUGUGUGGAGCUGUCCUCAUUGAAUCCCACUGGUUGGUUUCUACAGCCCACUGCUUUCAAAACAAAUCCCAGGACCCAGGGAACUAUCAGGUUCUUUUGGGGAAUACUCAGCUGUACCAGAAAACACAGCAUACUCAGAAGAUGUCUGUGAACCGUAUCAUCAAACACCCAGACUUUGAGAAGUUUCAUUCCUUUGGGAGUGACAUUGCAAUGCUGCAGCUGCGUCUGCCCGUGAACUUCACAUCCUACGUUGUACCUGCCUGCCUCCCAUCUAAAGACACACAGCUCCCCAACCACACAUCUUGUUGGAUAACUGGAUGGGGAAUGCUUUCUGAAAACACAAUACUGUUACCACCCUUCUCGCUGCAGGAGGGAGAAGUGGGCAUCAUUGAGAAUGAGUUCUGUAAUGCCUUAUAUGGGGGAAGACCAGGCCAAAGCAGGGACUAUGUGCAUGAGGAAAUGCUAUGUGCCGGGGGCCUCUCCACAGGAAAGUCCAUCUGCAGGGGUGAUUCUGGGGGCCCCCUCAUCUGUUACCAAACCAGUGCAUGGGUCCUGGUAGGACUGGCCAGCUGGGGCCUGGACUGCCGGCAUCCCAUUUACCCCAGCGUCUUCACCAGGGUCACAUACUUCAGUGACUGGAUCAGUCAAGUCAAGGGACUUACUCCACUUCCAGAAUCUGGAUCUGUGUCUCCUCACACAGAACUCCAACCCAGGCCUCUGAGAGCUGCUGGCUCUCCACAGUCCUGCAACAUCCUCAUAACUGUACAAAUCUGGUUCCUGCUACUAUUUAUCCCUGAGGUUCAAGACCAGGCCACAGGGUGAGCACCAGGCCUUUAGGCAUUCUUAGCUCAGACUUCUCUAAGCUAUAGCCUCCAUUCUUUAGGUUACCAUCUGUACCUUUUCCUCAGCAUACCUACCUAUUCACUGCCACAACCCAAACAAAUAUAGGAAAGCCACGUAAUAAAGCUUCACCUUCCUUUAACUCUGAUUGCACUACCUUUGUAGAUUUUCUAUAUUCCUCAGGGAGGAGAUGAAUCAUCAAAAGGAAACUCUCCUUGAGGAAAAGGCAAGGAAAUGGGGUAUCCCUAAUUGGGUAGGGAAAUGGGGGCAUGCCCACUAAAAGGAUAUUGUGGAGUAAGGAUGCAUCCUGGGAAGAGAAUGACAUCUCUCUGGCCUUGUAGAUUGUCCCUGCCUUGGGGGAUGUCAAAUACUUCAGGGGAAGUAGAACUUUACAUUGGCCUUCAAAUACAAGGGAGCAAAGGCCUCUUCCUGGAGAUAGGGCAGCAGCACUCCUGAGACUUUAAAGAGGAAGAACCAAUGCACACAGAACUGGAGAGACUUGUUUGAAGUGAUUUUGUGGGGUUGGGGUGUUAGGAUCAGGUUAAAGGCAUACACAUGUGGCUUGUGAAUAGAAGCAUCAAUAGAUUUGGUGGUCUAGAGCAUUAGUCAAAAGCAGACAGAAGCUGCUCUAGUGAGUGAUUGAAAACCAAACAUUAAACCAACAGUGCUCAAAUCUACUCCUAGGUUAAUACUCAACAUCGCCCUCACCUACUCCUUGAGUCUCCACUAUUCCCAUGAAUUUAGUGCCUGAUGUCUGAAGCCCAGGCCACACCUGUCUGUCCACACUUCAAUGGUCAGAACUUGAUAUAACCUUGUCAGUUUACUUGACCCAGGACUCGGUAAUCUAGGACAAUUUAAAACAGCAAAAAAAUGGUGUUCCGAGCCCAUUCUGUGCCAGGCAUAGAGUAUUUAUGUGGUCAGCAGGAGUUCAGAGGCCUUACAAUGUUACCCACCCCAGCAUUUAGAACCCUCUAUAAAGAGAAGAACUCCCACUUACCCUAGGUCUACAGGAACCAGACAACACUCAUGAGAUUCAAAACAAAUCUUUUCUAACCACGGUGUUAUCUGAACUUUCUGGAUUCUCACUGCUAAUACAGAUGGCCUU